CUAUACUAUAGACAAAAAAGAAAAUGUUACGAACCAUAAGAUCUCUACCUACACCACGACGUACGAUACCAACGUGCACACGAUCUAUCACAAACACUUCGUCUAACAAAGCAACACAUAACCGACAAUCCUUGAUUUCACAGCAAACUGUCAAACAAUGGAAAGACCUAACUCCUCCUCAAAAAGUUGCGGCUGCUUCCAAGGCUAGUUUCAACUUUACCAUUGUAGGUGUUGGUUUAUUAGUCACCGCUGGACUUUUAUAUGGUGUAGGAUCCGAAUUCUUCAAUUCAAAGAGUCCUACUAAUAUCUUCUCGGAUGCUGUGGAUCGUGCCAGGAAGAAUCAAGAGCUUGUUGAUAUUUUGGGGACUCCUAUUAAAGGUCAUGGUGCACCCAGUCGUAAUCGUAUGAAAAGAAAUCGACGAAUUCAACAUCAAAUUAUGGAUGAUCAUCAAGGCAAUCCUCAUUUGUUUAUGAAGUUUUAUGUGGAAGGACCCAACAAUGAAGGUACAGGAAUGCUGGAAAUGAUCAAGGAUGAAAAGGGUCAAUGGCAAUAUAAGCAACUCUUUGUAGAUGUACCUGGUCAAGGCUUACCAUCAAAACGAAUUCACUUGGAUCAACUUUAAUUAGGAUAAUCUCAUUUCGUUAAUCAUUUCUUAUAUAUUAUAAUUUGUUUAUACACAUAGCUAUUGAUUGUAAUUUAUCACCACAUCCCCCCCCCCAAUUUUUAUGAAAAGAAAAUAAACAUUGGAGAGUUAUUUAUUUU